CCCCGGAGGCGGCAGGAGGGCGGAGGGGAAGGAGGCGACAGCCGGGGACCUCCCGCCGCGGGCGUCUCCGGGGCGCGGCGGCUGUCGGUGCCCGCGGAGCCCGGCGGGACGGCGGGGGAGCGCGAGGGGAACGGAGCGGCGAAAGAGGCGGCAGUGGAUCCGUCCGGCAGUCGGUGGCCCACGGUUGCUCGGCAACAGCAGAAGCGGAUUGAAGGGACCGGCCGCUGGAGGAUGCCGAAGCCUCCCGGGUCAGCGGUGGGAGCAGCUUUGCGUAAAGCGAGGGACGCCUGUCCCUGUUUUCUCUUCCCGCUUUUGAAGAGAAGCUGCCGAGUUAGCGUACGCUGCGGUGAAGUUCUACAAGAUGCGGCCCUCAGGAACCGGUUGCUGUGGGGUUGCUCGUGCGGCCAGCUUUUGGUGUCGGUUGUUCCGGCGCUCCGUCGCGGUGUAGAGCCGGCCCCGUACGUAGCGAGGGGGAGCUGUGACCGCCCCGUGCUCAGCAGACCCCCCAGCCCGGGUGGGGGGAGCAGCGCCGGAGCGGGAGACGCGGCUCCGUCCUCCGUCCCCAGCGUGCCGGGGGGCGGCUGCCAGCCUGUGGGACGUGGCUGCGGCUGUUCGGGGCGCUGCCCCCCCAUGUUUGGGCGCUCUGAGCAGCCCGAUGUGCUGUUAAAGGUUGUGGUGGUGCGGGUCAGGGAUCCCCAGGCUGUGCCGAGACCGCAGGACGGCUGCUGGUGGAACAAAGUCAAGGACAACUUCUCAGAACCGCAGCGCUGGUCCGAGUUCCCCAGCACACGUGUGUGUGUCCAGCCGGGUACGCCGGGGGAGCGCGUCAGGGCGGGCAGACGGCUGAAUGGACGCGCUGUCAGCGACUGCGGAACGAGCUGGGGCUGCUUUGACCGUGUCCAGCCUUCUUUCUCUCCCCUCCACCCCUACCCUGCUGCGUUCAGUGCAGUGAAUGACCGUGAGGAGAUGGCUGUGGAUCUGGCUGUUGAAGGGUGUGUGAAGGAGAAGGAGGUGUGUGUAGAGCAGGAUUGGUGGUGGAGAUCUCCCAAUCACAGAGACAGCGUCGCUGUGCAGCUGCUAAGGACAGCGCGUCUCGUGCAGAACAGCAUCCUUUGUGCUCCGUGUGCGUGUUCCUCCUUUGAAAUGAAGUUGGGCCGCCCGGUGUUCCACGUUACGUGUGGUACCUGCUGGGCUGAGUCUCCUCCCCGCGCUCCGGUCGGUUCCGUCGCGCUGCCGCAGCCCCGGCAGCACCGCGGCGUUCGCUGGACGCGUUGUUGGCGGAGCCGGCACCGACAAUCUUGACACGUCGAGGUGCUGCGGUGGGUUUGCCUGGAAAUUCCAAGGUAAUUCCAAGGCAGACAGUAAUAAUCCCCAAUUUAUGUAGUAAAAUUUAAAAGAGUGGAAUAUAAAUACUGGAGCGCUAAUUGGAAGUAAUACCUGUAGAGAAAAAAACCUCUAGUUUAUAUCUACAAUAAAAAAUAAUGUGUGCUAGUUAAUCCGCCUGGUAGUAAUGUAAUGAUAAAAAUGUUAAAGUGUAAAUAGAUGAAAUUAUAUAGGCAUGAGCAAGAAGUAAAUUUAAUUUCAGCUAUUACUUGGUGAACUAGGCAGCAGUUGUUCCCAAUCUGAAUGCUAGUUUAAAAAACACAUUGUUUGGAAUUCCUUUUAAAUGAUAAAGGCAGAAAACUAAUGUGGAGUCAUUGGUAGCUUCAUUUGAACAACCGUUAUGAAAUAAACCGCAGACACGAAUGACUGCAUAGGAAACAAAGUGAGGAAGCUUUAGAUUUUAAACAGCAUUGGAAAGUGAUCGGGAGUGUUUAGUAUUUAAAUUAUAACAGACCCACGAGAUGGGAGGCAACAAAGCUCAGAACCAAACAGAGUCAAAACGUUACAUUUCUUUUUUUAAAGAGAAGUAUAAAGGAACCACGAAGUAGUGGCUGUUUAUAAACAGAGGUAUUAAAAAGUUCCCAGGCAGUAAUGAUUCCCAACAGAACACUAAAAGAUAUUUAGAUGUAAAAUAAUAUUAGAAAACAGUUAUGACAGUCUGAAUUUAACCACAGCUUUUUUGGGGUUGUGCAAAAACAUGACCGCUAUUAAUUACCUCUGAGUUAAAAUAAAAAGACAUCAAACUA